AUGCGUACGCUUCACGCCGUCUGCAUCUCUGCGCUCUGUCUCGUGCGGAUCUGUACCGCCCAGUCUGGCACGCUCGGCCUCCAAAAUGGCUUCUUGAGUUUCGACACGCCUUCCUUCAGCGUCCAGCUCGUGAAGGAUUCUCAGACGCUGUACUCAUUGAACGCCUCUGGGUUUGACUUUAUUCCUGCGGACGUCAUGGCUCAACGGCAGUCGAACGGGAACUACCACCUCGGCGAUCUCACAUUCCGCGCGAGGGUAGUAGGCUCAUCGGCCUGGACGAGCGGCGACACCUCAGCCCAGAGACGUAGCGUCGCCCCAUUGAAUGUCACUGGAAGUACGCUUGCGGCGGCGAACUUGUCGCCGACUCUACCUAGCAGCUCCCUGUUGAACAUCACUCGCCGAUGGGUCAUGAACAACAACGAGCUCGAGCUUCUUUUUGAUGUCACCAACUCACAAAAGCAGGCGGUCGAGAUCGGCGCCUUGGGAGCUCCGUUGGAGUUCAAUAAUAUCUUCACAGGUCGGACCGCUGCUCAGACCAACGAGCUUUGCAGCCUGUUCGAUCCCUAUAUCGGCCAGGAUGCAGGAUACGUACAGGUGACCCCUUUGCUGGGCACGCUUCCGCCCCUGCUCGUUCUCCCCGCUGGGAAGUCUCCCCUCGAAGGAUGGCGAUUCCUCCCCGAGGACACCUCUACGUCCUUGGGUUACCAGUCGCAGACCUUCGAGGGCCUCUACGAGUGGCAGUUCCACACGCUCGCCUAUGCGCAGAACGAGUGGAAGAACGUUACGCCCUGGAACGCCCCUACCUCCGCAACCCUGCAGCCUGGACAGACUCGGACGUACGGCCUUCGUUUCGUCUUGGCGCCCUCCAUCCGAGGCAUCGAGAGUGCGUUGCAGACAGCGAAGCGCCCGGUCGCCGUCGGCAUUCCUGGCUAUAUUCUGCCAUCCGACCAGCCCGGGAAGCUAUUCCUCAGCUUCUCGUCCGCCGUCAGCUCCAUCUCCGUCAGUCCCGCAGGUGCCCUCUCCUGGACCAAAAACACCGACGCGCAAACGUCCGCCUGGGUCGGCUACACCAUCACCGGCCACACAUGGGGACGUUCGCGCCUCACGAUCACGUACGCCGACGGCACCAUCCAAACCGUCCACUUUUAUGUCACGCAUGCGGCCGUGCAGGCCAUUGCAGAUCUUGGAAACUUCUUGACGACGGAGUCUUGGUUCGACGACCCUUCGGACCCCUUCAACAGAUCGCCCUCGGUCAUCAGCUACGAUCGCGAGGUGAACGCCGUGGUGAAGGACGAUCCGAGGGCAUGGAUCCCAGGGUUGAGCGACGAGGCUGGUGCGGGGUCGUGGCUUGCGGCUUCGGUUAAGCAGUUCGCGCAGCCCAAUGUCGCGGAGGUCGCCAAGAUGGAACAGUUCGUCAACGAGACGCUUUGGGGAUCUAUUCAGAAUCCCGAUGGCUCUGUGAAGAAGGCCGUCUACUUCUACCAACCUGCGCUCGUGCCCAACUAUGACUACCCUUCGUCUAUCUUCUGGGGAAACUGGUGGUCGUGGAACCAGGCAGCGUCCUACGCGACGGACCGGGCUUACGACUACGUGCACGUCAUCGCGGCGUACUGGUCUCUGUAUCGCGUUGCGCGCAACUACCCCAGCCUCGUCAAGACAAACACGUGGGAGUGGUACCUCAACCAGGCCGUCAUGACGGUGGCGAGCAUGACGAACGGAAGGGUGGGGUACGCCGACGACGGCUUGAUGGAGGAGACGGUCAUCCGGUACCUGUUGGACGACGUAAAGAGGGAGGGCUUGACGGCGAACGCCACACUCAUCGAGAGCCGUAUGCGAGCUCGUGAAACCAUCUGGGCAGGCGAACGGUACCCAUUCGGUUCCGAGAUGGCCUGGGACUCCACCGGUCAAGAGGGAGUGUUUGCGUGGGCCACAUACUUCAACGAUACGACCACCGCUCUCAACACGCUCAACUCCAUUCUUGCGUACCAACCCACGGUACCGCACUGGGGUUAUAAUGGCAACGCUCGGCGAUACUGGGACAACGUGUACGGCGGAAAACUGCAGCGCAUCGAGCGGCAAAUCCACCACUACGGCAGCGGCCUAAACGCCAUCCCGCUCAUCUCCCAAUUCCGCGCGACGCCCUCCGACUUCUACCUCCUGCGCAUCGGCUUCGCCGGGCUCAGCGGCCCGCUCUCGAACAUCGACCAGGGCGGGUUCGCGGCCGCGUCCUUCCACUCCUUCGCGGACACGCUCAAGUGGGACGGGUACUCGGGCGACUACGGCCCGAACUUUGUCGGGCACGCGCUCGAGAUGGGCACCUACCUCGUCGACCACCCCGACUUCGGCUGGCAGGCGUUCGGCGGGAGCGUGCUCGCGACGACGCCGACGGUGCGCGUGCAGAUGCUCGACUCGCUGCGGCGCCGCGUGUUCGUUGCGCCCAUUGGUGCGUGGCUCAGCCUGGACGCGGGCGCGUUUGAGGAGGUCGACUUCGACCCGGCGAAGAAGUCGGUGACUUUGUCUAUCGGCGCUGCUGCUCCUGGGGUGUCUGGGGCGGCGGCUGCGCCUGCUGCACGCCUCGUGGUGGCUAACACCGCGCAGAAUGGUCUGGGGGUGCUGAAGCCAACAACAACCCUCAAGCAGGACGCAGGCGCGUGGGUGAUACCGUUCAGCGGUGGGAAAGCUUCGGUUACGCUCACGCUCUGA